CCGAGGACCGAUCUUCCACGCGAGAUGUUGGUCUUUUCCGUCGUGGCCCUCGCCUUCUCGACAGGGCCCACGCCGGAGCCCUCGUGCAAGACCAUCGCCCAGAUCGCAAGCGAAACCGAGGACCUCUCGACAGUCUACGCCGCCGUCGGGGCGGCCGACCCGCAAGUCGCAGAGAUGCUCAACGACCCCGAAGCCACCCUGACGGUCUUCGCGCCGCUGAACAGCGCGUUCGCAGCCCUCUCAGAUGGGGUCCUGGCCACUUUGCUGAUGCCCGAGAACCAGGAAACGCUCACCAACCUCCUCGGCAAGCACGUUCUGAGCACCGUGGUGCCGGCGUCGGCCGCACUUACGCUCGUCGACGAGGAGGUGAUGACCCUUGCCGACCAGAAUAUCGUCGUGAACGGCAACGGGCCGUCCGGCCCCGUCACGGUGCUGCCUGUCAUCGUCGACCCGGACGUGGCCGCCAAAGUGGUCGCCGCCGACAUCCAAGCGUGCAACGGCGUGAUUCACAUCGUGGACAAGGUGCUCGAAUAUGUGGAGGAGGUCGUCUUGGGGGGGCGCUAAUGAUCGAGCCCGAGUCGCAGGAGUAAAGAACUUGGCCCAGCCCUUCGCGUUCAUGCGGACUUCGUGAACCCGAACUCGAACGAACGCACCCGGCGGGGCCCAGCCCGAACCUCACUGAACGGAUCGCGCAAGCCACGAUCGUUGUGUGCAGAACGUUAGAGACGACUCUCUCUCUCCCAACUGUGAACAGUCGUUGUCUGUAUAUGCGCAGCUAUUCAUAGCCGCGCCUGUUGUUUGUGUGUGUAUCCGCGCUCUUGGCGCGAUUACGAGACUGACUAGUGUGUCGCACUAGUUGUACUUUUCGUAACAGUAUUCCGCAUUCAUUGCGAGGGCGGACCACUCC